AAUCGAACAAAAACCAAUCAAAAUUAUACACGUAUGCGAUGCAUAAGUAAAAACGUAAAUACAAAUGCUUGUCAUCGUAAAUUAUCAGAUUAGUAAACGGUAUCAUUGGAAGAUCGAAUAAAAGUUAUAUGUUUUAAAGAAUAUCAAGUGUAAAUUAAACGCGAUUUAAAUUUAUUGUAACAUCAAAAUGGUGACUUUGACAUCUUUUAUAAAUACAUUCAACAAUAAACUGGAAGCGCCAGUCCAGCAACAUCUGAAAGGCGUCUAUGGGUGUCUGGCAGCUACAACAUCAUUAGCUAGUAUAGGGGCUUACAGUUUCCUUGCAGGAUGGCUCUCAGCAGGAUUGUUGCCAGCUUUAGGAGCCCUAGGAUUAGGCUUGGGCUUGAUGAUGACCUCUCCAGAUGCCAAAAAUUUUAAUAUGAGACUAGGAAUGCUGUUAGGAUUAGGAUUCUUGUCAGGUUUAGGAUUAGGACCCUUACUAGCUCAUGUGGCCCAAAUCAAUCCAAGUAUAAUAACAACUGCAUUAUUUGGCACUACUUUAGUAUUCGUGGCAUUCAGCUUAUCAGCAAUAUUUGCUGAACGUGGAAAAUGGUUGUUCCUGGGUGGAAUUAUUGUCAGUGUUUUGAAUAUGAUGUUCUUCUCCUCUUUGGCAAAUAUUUUCUUGCAAAGCACUUUGAUAUACCAGGCUCACCUUUAUGUAGGCUUAUUUGUUAUGUGUGCUUUUGUCCUUUAUGAUACACAAGCUAUUAUUGAAAAAUUCAGAGCUGGAAGCCGCGACACAGUUGGGCAUGCUUUUGACUUAUUCCUUGAUUUUAUUGGAAUCUUCAAACGCCUUCUUAUCAUCUUGAGCCAAAAGGAAGAGAAUGAGAAGAAGAAAAGACAGCAAUAAGUUCUUAAUUUAAGCACCACAUUAUUUUAAUAUUUAAAGAAUACUAUUAUAUACAUAUUAUACAUGGAUUAGAUAAGUCUUAAGUUGUUGAAUAUCAUUAUAUUUUCAAAUUUAUUGCAUUUAUUAUUUAUUAAACAUUUUCAUUUUUAUUUCAUUAAAAUUAGAUGUAAAUAAAUUUGUUAAAUAAAAACA